AGUCCUUUGUGGCCUUUUACUAGGCUUCUAGGCCAGAAUUGGCAUCAUUCAUCUUUGGCUCGAGGCUUGAACGUGCUGCUUGAACUUUCUUCGCGGAUUUGGUGUCAUACGCCACAACUCCCAUCAUCAACCUCAAAGUUGUCAACAAUGGCACCAGCAGCGAUCGAUCAGAGUUUAUCAAAUCCACCAAAACCCAUGAAUUGGGCAGAUGAUGUGGAUGAUGAUGUUACGCCAGAUGCUCCAAAGAUUGAAGAACGUGAUGAAGGAAAUGGAAUUAAAGUGAUUACAGAAUAUAGAGUAAAUCCCGAAGGAAAAAAGGUAAAGAUUACAAGAAGGAUUCGUAGAACUUUGGUUACCACAAAAGUGAAUGCUGUUGAAGCAGAACGUAAACAAUGGACCAAAUUCGGACAAGAAAAAAAUCGUGCUGCCGGACCGCAUUCCAGUACAACAUCUGUAGGAGAAAGUAUCCUUCUCAAGAUGAGCGCUGGAAAUUCACAACAACAAGAACCAGACAAGGAUGACGUUAGUGCAAUGCGUGAACAGCUUGCCAAAGCAAAGAUUACUUGUCGUUUAUGUAAGGGUGAUCACUUGACAUACAAAUGUCCUUAUCGUGAUACUUUAGAGGCUAUUCCAGGUGCUGCAAGUACACCCGAAGCAGAUGGCUCUCUCACACCAGCAGCUACUGAUCCAACAAAUCCCGCCGUUGCUGCUUCGGCAGGUGCAAGUGGAAAGUAUGUUCCUGUCCAUCUUCGUGGAGGUGCUCGUGGUUCAGGUGAACGAAUGAGCGGACCAGGAGCAGGAGGAAUGAACAGAGAUGAGAUGCCAACUUUACGUGUUACAAACUUGAGCGAAGAUGCCGAUGAAGAAGAUUUACGUGCAAUCUUUAGCAGAUAUGGUCAUGUUGCCCGAGUAUACAUUGGACGUGAUCGUGAGACAGGAGAAUGUAAGGGAUAUGCGUUUGUCAGCUUUAUGGAUCGCGAACAUGCUGAUAUAGCAAGACAAAAGGUUGACGGUCGUGGUUAUAGCAACUUGAUCUUGUCUGUUAAUUGGUCUCAACCUCGUGGUGAACGUCCAGCUGCAUAGUAGAAGUUAUGAUUGACUUCAGUUUCUCCCCAUCGUGUAUUCUCUUACCCUUUCAUCCAGGCUAUUUGCCAAAAUGCAUGCGUAUAGCAAGUGACUAUGAGUGUGUUUUAGGUGCAAUGGGUGGAUUAAGUAUUCAGCUAAAG